AGUUCUAUUUGGGGCUCUUCCUACCUCCUCCGCCCAAGGCCGGUCCCGCGGUGGAAGUGGCGGCUCACAGCGUGAAGAUGCACUCCUGGAAAGCGAUGGCAGUCCUACUGCUCUGCUCGCUGCUGCUCAGCCAGACCCUCUGUGCUUCCCUGCACCCCCCGCUCAGCAGGCAGAGGCGGAUGACACCGUUCUGGAGAGGCGUCUCGCUGCGACCCGUCGGAGCCUCGUGCAGGGAUAACAGCGAAUGCAUCACCAUGCUGUGCAGGAAGAAUCGCUGUUUCCUUAGAACAGCCUCGGAGUGACCUGUCGCCAUGAAAACACUCAUCACUGUUACUGCUAACGAUGCUCCCCUCUACUUGGGAAAUAUUUAUUGACCGUUCAAAAGCUAGGACAGUGACUCGAGCAAUAAGUAUAUUUAACAUUUCUGUCAUAUGAACUGGUAAAAGGACUUCAAAGAGCUUGAGCGCGUUUCCUAGCCAAGGCUGUCGCUCUGCAGCAGCGUCAGGAUGACUCUCUGGCCAAGCUCAAUAAAAGGACUCUGCCUCUC